AUGUUCCUCGUCCUGCUCCUGGGGCUCUACUUUGCCACAGGUGAACUUUUCUCCCCAGUGAGUUCGUGCCCAUCGCAGUGCAGCUGUUUUUACCACAACCUGAGUGAUGGAUCAAAGGCCAGGAGCGUGAUUUGCAAUGAUCCCGAGAUAACUCUUGUGCCUGUCGGGUUUCCUGUUGACACGUCCAAGCUGCGGAUCGAGAAGACGGCCAUCCAGCGGAUACCAAGCGAAGCCUUCAACUACCUCUCCAGUCUGGAAUUCCUGUGGAUGUCUUUCAACGCGCUGUCCGCCUUGAGCCCGGACAGUUUCCAGGGACUGCUCAAUCUGGAAGAGCUUCGUCUGGACGGGAACGCCCUCACCGCCUUUCCCUGGGAAUCUCUGAUGGAUAUGCCAAGUCUCAGACUUCUCGAUUUGCACAACAACCAGCUCACCUCGCUGCCAGCGGAGGCCACCACUUAUAUCAAGAACCUCACCUACCUGGAUCUGUCCAGCAACAGCCUGCUGACCCUGCCGGUAGAGGUGCUGUCCACCUGGCUGGUAGUAAAACCUGUGCAAGGGCCAGAGAGCUCCAAAAUGAUACUUGGUCUCCAUGACAACCCCUGGGUGUGUGACUGUCGGCUCUACGACCUGGUCCAGUUCCAGAAGUCUCCGACUCUUUCGGUGGCAUUCAUUGACACAAGGCUCCGGUGUUCAGCCCCGGAGAGUGUAUCAGGGGUCUUGUUCAGUGACGCAGAGCUGCGGCGCUGUCAGCUCCCACGUAUACACACAGCUGUGGCACGAGUCCGGAGUGCUGUUGGGAACAAUGUGCUGCUCCGCUGUGGGACCAUUGGAGUUCCCAUCCCAGACCUGACAUGGCGCAAGGCCGAUGGGCGGCUCCUUAAUGGAACAGUCCUGCAGGAAACCUCAAAGGAGGGAAUCACCUGGUCCAUCCUCAGUGUCCCAGCUGUGUCCUAUCGGGAUUCGGGGAAAUACAUCUGCAAAGCCACUAACUAUGCAGGGAACGCUGAAGCUGUCAUUUCUCUCGUUGUCUCUAACUCACCAAAACUAGAGGGGAAUCAAACCAGCAACGACAAGAAAUCCAAAGUCAAGAAACCCAACCCGAUGGGCAAAGCUGCCUACCAGGAGAAACUGGUGGCUAGAUAUGUGGUUCCAACCUCCACCCCUUCAUCCCUGCCUGUCCUGGAUCCAGGCCUUCCACCUGGUCUUGGUCCUGGUCCUGGACUAGCCAGUUACAGCCUGGCUGAAAGAGCCACCCCAGGGCCUGCCACCUCCUCCAACCCAGAUGCACUGCUGGAUCUGGAGAAGACUAAUCUAAGCAACCUGGCGGCCAACACGUCGUUACUGCAGCAGGACCCGGACAGGGUGGUCCGCUCAGUAAAGGUGGUGGGGGACACAGACAAUACAAUUUAUUUGAACUGGAGAGCCCCUAAGGCCAAGAAUACAACAGCAUUUAGUGUGCUGUAUGCAGUGUUUGGAGAGAGAGACAUGAGAAAGAUCAAUGUUGGGGCGGGGCAGAACCGUGUGACCAUCAAUGGGUUGGUGCCCAGGACCAAGUAUAUUGCCUGUGUGUGUGUGAGGGGGCUGAUCCCCAAGAAGGAGCAGUGUGUCAUCUUUUCCACUGAUGAAGCAGCCAGUGCCACUGGGACCCAGAGGCUGAUUAAUGUGAUUGUGAUCACGGUGGCCUGUAUCAUCGCGGUUCCGCUCACUGUCAUUGUGUGCUGUGGGGCUCUGAAGAGACGCAUUCAGAAGUACUGGGGAAAGAAAUCCAAGGACAUCCAAGAUUCAUAUGUGACCUUUGAAACACUGUCGCCCGGCACGAAGGCCAAAGGGCUCGAGGGCGAGUAUUUGAACAGACAGAACCCAGAGGAGUCCAAUAGGUUGCUGUCAGCCCGCUCCAGCCUGGACUCUGAGGCCACAGCUAAGAUAGAGGGACAACCUAACGAGUACUUCUGCUGA